AUGUGGACUAAAUUCACCGAUGCAGAAGACAAAAGGCUUGUUGUGCUUGCGCUUGAAUAUGAGUCCCAGCGCAAGCGAGCUCAAUGGAAGGAGGUGGCACGCGCCAUGCGGGGCAAGUAUUCGGCCCAAGCCCUUGAGAGUCGGCUGCGUGCACUCAAGCGAGCCUACGGAAUGGAUAUUUCGCGGUUCCCACGCUUUUUUUUCUCGACACACCGAGUCAAGCGGAACGAACUAUCUGUGAUGACAGAUGAGAACGCAGGUGAGGUGCUUCCUGCUGCGGUUUCAAAAAUAAUUGAGAUGAUUGGGAACAUUCGGCAUGAUGACGUCUUCUUAGAUGUUGGAGCUGGGUUGGGGAAUGUGGCGGCUCAGUUCGCGGUACAGACGAAGGCACGUCAGUGUUUGGGCAUCAAAACACGACCGGAGUUGGUCAGCAGAGGUGGGAAGUCCUCGAUACGCCUUUAUCGACUACACCACCUUUCCUGGACGCGUCAGUGA